ACUGUCAGUUGGAUAUAACCUAAAAUAAUUUUGUCGUCGAGCUGUGUUUAUACGAUGUUAUUUUACUAAUAAAGUUAUCAAUUACAAAAUGCAUUUAUCAAAAUUAAAUAGAAAUAUAUCAAAAUUACAAUUAUGGACUAGAAGAUAUUCUCAUGCAGCACUACCUGACGAAAAUGAAUAUACGGAGACACCCGUGUAUCCCCCGAUAUUGGAUAUGUCGCUUCAAGGAAGAAAAUUGCGGGAGAGACAAUCCGUUCACGAGAAAAUAAAAAACUUGAAUACCGUCGAAGAAAAGCAAAUUGCACUAAACAUGCCGCGGUAUUAUGGAUGGAAAUGCGUUAUGUUAAAUGAAAAUAGAGUACCAUAUAAUGCUUUACCAUUGGUUCAGUGUUACACCAGGACACAUUUUAAACCUGUGAAUUCCUUACCGGAUGUGUAUUCUGAGACAAAUCCGUUAGCAGAACAAGUUGUAAAGGAAACAAAAUCAAUAAUUGAAGAUAUAAUCGCUGUUGAAUCUGAAAGUGUCAAGUACAUUCAUAACAAUUCUCAAGAGAAAUCUGAAGAGCAAUUGAAAGAAGAGAAUAUCACAAAAAAUAUAGUAAGGCAGAUAAACAGAGUUAUCUGUAACAAACUUGCUGAUAAAUUGCCACAUAUCUUUUCUGCACAAAUAGAUUAUGAACCCAGACAUGAAGCAUUCUGGUUUGUUGGUGGUGUUGAUGUACCUCAAAGUGUAAUCCAAUGGAGAAAACGGUUCAAUUGGAUGCAUGAUAGGCUUGAUGAAAACAUUGAUAGACCAGUCCAGUAUAUUGGAACACCACAUCUAGCUGUAAGAAGUCAGUUGCCCCUGAAGCCUAUUCUGCCAUAUGAGGAGGCAACAAACCCAGAUUUUAAAGUCCCUAAAUUCACUUAUGUACCUGAAAGUAUUGGCUAUUCCAUAGAACACAGGCACGGCACUAAUAUCCCAGGGUAUUGGCCUGGUGACUAUGAUGAAUUUGGCUUAUUAUCUUAUCAUGGCAGAGAUCAUAUAUUAAGUAGAAAGGAAACUUAUGGACAUGAAGAUAAUAUAAACGCCUUACAUUCACAAGCCUUGAAAGCUAGUUUCGGUUGGCUUCUAGCUCAAGCUAAUUAUCAAGGCUUCACCACUUACAAUGAUAUAACAUACCCACUUGUUACUCAAACUGUUAUAACUAAUGCCAAAUUAUGGUCAUUCUAUGUGUAUCAAAUGAAUACCAUCUCUAUGCAUAAUGAACAAAUGGAUGAGAAUCCAAAGCACAAUAUAUGCUUUGGUACAACACCUCUACAGUUGUAUGAUACUAUAGAAAAUGGUCAAGUGAAAGGCAUGAAUGAAGAUGUCUUAAAAAUGUUAGUUCAGUUUUACUUGAAUACUCCAGAAGAACGGGAACAUGACAUGAAACCAUACUUGGGUAAAGAUGAGCAACUCAUUGCUGAUAUUGAAGAUGAUAAUAAGCGCUGCUGGCUGGAGUCUACAUACAAACAUAUUGUUUCAAAUAGACCUAGACAUAAGUUGAUGCCAGAAAUAUAUUUAUGGGAAAGAAUUUACAAAAUUGAACAUAAUACCAGAUUCUUUGAAGCGAAGAGGCGGUUCUUUGAACGCGAUAUCAAUCCGUAUAAACGGCGAUUGAAUGAACAUUUACCACCUUAUAUUCCUAAAGCUCUCAGGGAAUAUCCAAGGUCUAAAAAGAAGUUUGAACGUACUUAUUAUCCUGAUGUUUAAAUAGAAUGAGUUUGUAUGAAAUAAUAAAAUCUAAAUAGAAUUUUGAUAGUAAGAUUAAUUUA